GGUUGAAGAUGCUGAUGCAUCGGAGAAAAGUGUAAACGAAGAAAAUGGGGAAGUAUCAGAGGCAGACCAACCUCAGAACAAGCACAGCCGACACAAAAAAAAGAAACACAAACACCGAAGUAAACACAAGAAACACAAACAUUCUUCAGAAGAGGAUAAGGACAAAAAACAUAAACACAGACACAAACAUAAGAAACAUAAACGGAAAGAGGUAGCUGAUACCUCUGACAAGGAAGAUGGACCAGCCAAAAGAACUAAAAUUGAUUUUUUAGCUCCUCUGGAAGACCUGGAGAAACAAAGAGCAUUAUUGAAAGCUGAACUUGAAAACGAAUUAAUGGAAGGAAAAGUCCAGUCUGGGAUGGGAUUGAUACUACAGGGGUAUGAGUCGGGAUCUGAAGAAGAGGGGGAGAUUAAUGAAAAAGCGCGAAACGGCACGAGGCCUGCAGUGAAGUCAAACACUAAGGGCAAAUUAGAACCUGUGGACAAUAAAACUAGUUCCAAGAAAGGAAGUAAGAGUGAAUCAAAAGAAAGGACUAGACACAGAUCUGACAAAAAGAAAGGCAAGGUAGGGGUUGAUGGAAUCAAAGAGAAGAUGACUAGAAGCAAGUCAAAAGAGAGGAGGAAAUCCAAAAGCCCUUAUAAGAGAAGUAAGUCUCAAGAUCAGACAAGGAAAUCUAGGUCUCCAAUGCUUAAAAGGCGAUCUCAGGAGAAAAACAGAAAGUCCAAAUCUCCUCUGGAGGAUAGAAAUAAGGCUGAUGAUAAAAAUAAGUCAAGAGAUCGCAGGAAGUCUCCAGUUGUGAAUGAAAACAAAAGCAGAGAUCGUGGCAGAAAAUCUAAAUCUCCAGCAGAACUAAGAAGCAAAUCCAAAGAUAGAAGAUCACGGUCCAAAGAUAGAAAACCUAGGAGAUCAGAGACUGAGAAAGAAAAAAAGCCAAUUAAAUCUCCUUCUAAAGAUGCGUCUUCAGGGAAAGAAAACAGGUCCCCUAGGAGACCUGGUCGUAGCCCAAAAGGAAGAAGCUUAUCUCCCAAACAACGUGAAAAGUCAAGAAGAAGCAGAUCCCCUCUCUUUAAUGACCGUAGAUCUAAACAGAGUAAAUCCCCCUCUCGAACCCGGUCUCCGGUGAGGAGAGUGAGGAGUAGGUCUGCAGAACGGAAAAGAAGAGAGUCAGAAAGGAGGCGUCUGUCUUCCCCCAGAGCGCGGACCAGAGAUGAUAUUUUGUCUAGACGUGAAAGAUCAAAAGAUGUUAGCCCGCCCAGCAGAUGGUCUCCCUCCAGAAGAAGGUCUCGGUCUCCCAUCAGAAGAAGGUCUCGUUCGCCCCUUCGGCGUAGCCGGUCUCCGAGAAGGAGGAGUAGGUCUCCUCGGAGGAGGGAUAGAGGCCGAAGAAGCAGGUCUCGCCUUCGAAGGAGGUCCCGGUCACGUGGUGGCCACAGGCGUAGGAGCAGGAGCAAAGUUAAAGAAGACAAAUUUAAAGGUAGUCUCUCUGAGGGUAUGAAAGCCGAACAGGAGUCGUCUUCAGAUGAAAAUCUUGAAGACUUUGAUUUGGAAGAAGAGGAUGAAGAAGCAGAGAUAAGGCAAAGAAGAUUACAGCGGCAAGCAAUCGUUCAGAAAUACAAAGGGCAGACAGAAGACAGUAAUAUAUCUGUACCUUCUGAACCAAGCAGUCCCCAGAGUAGUACGCGUAGCCGCUCAAAUUCGCCCGACGACAUCCUGGAAAGAGUCGCCGCUGACGUGAAGGAGUACGAACGGGAAAACGUGGACACGUUUGAGGCAUCGGUAAAAGCCAAGCACAACCUCAUGACGGUUGAACAGAACAAUGGUUCAUCUCAGAAGAAACUGCUGGCUCCUGACAUGUUCACAGAAUCGGAUGAUAUGUUCGCUGCGUACUUUGAUAGUGCUCGUCUGAGGGCUGCUGGAUUUGGAAAAGACUUCAAAGAAAACCCCAAUCUCAGGGAUAACUGGACGGAUGCAGAAGGCUACUACCGUGUUAACAUAGGUGAAGUUCUAGAUAAACGUUACAAUGUCUAUGGUUACACCGGUCAGGGAGUCUUCAGUAACGUAGUGCGAGCCAGGGACAUGGCGAGAGCAAACCAAGAAGUAGCGGUUAAAAUCAUCAGGAACAAUGAGCUUAUGCAAAAAACUGGCCUAAAAGAACUGGAAUUUUUGAAAAAGCUCAAUGAUGCAGAUCCUGAUGACAAGUUCCAUUGUCUACGAUUGUUCAGGCAUUUCUACCACAAACAGCAUCUCUGUCUGGUAUUUGAGCCGCUCAGCAUGAACUUACGUGAGGUGUUGAAAAAGUAUGGGAAAGAUGUUGGGCUCCAUAUUAAAGCUGUGCGUUCCUACAGCCAGCAGUUGUUCCUGGCCUUAAAGCUGCUUAAAAGAUGCAAUAUCCUACAUGCAGAUAUUAAACCAGACAAUAUCUUGGUGAAUGAGUCUAAAACGAUACUGAAGCUUUGCGAUUUCGGCUCAGCCUCGCACGUGGCGGAUAACGACAUCACGCCGUACCUAGUCAGUAGAUUUUAUCGAGCUCCAGAAAUCAUUAUAGGAAAAAUCUAUGACUAUGGUAUAGAUAUGUGGUCUGUAGGCUGCACGUUAUAUGAACUUUAUACAGGAAAAAUACUCUUUCCUGGCAAAACCAAUAACCAUAUGUUGAAACUAGCCAUGGAUCUCAAAGGAAAGAUGCCAAACAAGAUGAUUCGAAAAGGUGUGUUCAAAGAUCAGCACUUUGAUCAAAAUCUCAACUUUAUGUAUAUAGAAGUAGAUAAAGUGACAGAAAGGGAGAAAGUUACGGUUAUGAGCACCAUUAAUCCAACCAAGGACCUGUUAGCAGACUUGAUUGGGUGCCAACGACUCCCCGAAGACCAGCGUAAAAAAGUGCACCAGCUAAAGGACUUGUUGGACCAGAUUCUAAUGUUAGACCCGGCUAAACGGAUUAGCAUCAACCAGGCUCUGCAGCACGCCUUCAUCCAGGAAAAAAUUUAAAACCAGAUGAAGAAGCUCAAAGGGUUUGAGUAAUUAAGAUACAAAGACUGAAGAAAUUUCCCAGCAGUUAUUAAUGUAUAUAAACAUAAAUAUUUCCCCCUGCAAAGUUGAGGAAGAAAUGAUACUUUUGAAUUAACAUCGAGGCUGAUAUUUCUUUUAGAAAUGUUAGAGUAAUUCUGUUUUGUGUCUUACGUGAAAAUUUUCACUGUAGAACUGUUUUAAUUGCCAAGACUGCACAGAAGUACAGUGCUAAUGUAUAUGGCUGCAGUUCGUAUGUAUUAUAAAAAGGCAAAAAAACACCUGUUAAAAAAAAGGAAAAAAAAAAACCAACCAGAGCAGUAA